AGUGAUCAUCACGAUAGUGGUUUGUGUGCUGAUGUUUAUCUUCAAUGUCUAUCUCCUCGUCAAUUUCCAACACGCAGACGAUGCCAAUUAGGCAUGUUUCCCUAAAUUCGUUGUCAUUUUGGGUCUUUCCAUUGCCUUGAUCUCCGUUCUCAUGUUGCUGGCGGAUGUUGCCAACCGACAAGCAUACAGGCAUGCCAUAUACAAUGGCACCUGUAAUCUCACCCUCCUAAUGAAGGAAUUGUGGCUCACUAUUAUUGUCGAUGCUGUGCUUGUCUUCUUCAUUAUUUCAUUUGCCAUGUUCUACUACGAAGAAGACCAGGACAAGAGUGUUGAUAGAGGGAUAAAGAGUGCAUUGUUGUGAGUGGUGACAACUACAAUUGUGUGUGCUCUUGUGCUUGGCAUUCUAUAUGGUUAGUGUUUUUGUUUUCCAUUUCUUUUCCAUGGAUGAAGUUGUUUGAUACAUUGGAUGUCACAUGGAGAUUAACUACCACGCAAGCCAUUACACAAACAACAUUGAGGAGCUCAAUUAACGUGAGGGUUGAUU